AUGGCGCCUCAAUUUAAUAUUGAUGAUUUUGAACGAUUGAGUAAAGUUGGAGAAGGUACUUAUGGUAUUGUGUAUAAAGUGUGUCAUCGGCCAACAUCACAAAUUUAUGCAUUGAAAAAAAUUCGAUUAGAAGGUGAAGAUGAUGGUGUACCGGCAACAGCUAUACGUGAAAUAUCCAUAUUAAAAGAACUUCGACAUCAAAGUAUUGUUCAACUUCGUGAUGUUAUUCUCACUGAUGCACGUCUUUAUUUAAUAUUCGAAUAUUUAGCAAUGGAUUUAAAAAAAUAUUUUGAUUGCUUAGGUGAAAAUGAAGCUAUGGAUGUUGGAUUAAUUCGAAGUUAUACAUAUCAAGUAAUUGAUGCAUUACUUUUUUGUCAUUGUCGUCGAAUAAUUCAUCGUGAUUUAAAACCACAAAAUCUUCUUGUAGAUACGAAAGGUAUUAUUAAACUUGCUGAUUUUGGUUUAGCAAGAGCAUUCAGUGUACCACUUCGAAUAUAUACACAUGAAGUUGUUACAUUAUGGUAUCGAGCGCCUGAAGUUUUACUCGGUGCUUCACGCUAUUCAUGUCCAGUUGAUGUUUGGUCUGUUGGUUGUAUAUUUGCUGAAAUGUAUACAAAACGGCCAUUAUUUCAAGGUGAUUCAGAAAUUGAUCAACUCUUUCGUAUAUUUCGAACACUUGGUACACCAACAGAUGAAACAUGGCCAGGUGUUGUACAAUUACCAGAAUUUAAAUCUUCAUUUCCACGAUGGAGACAAAUCAAUGAUUUAUCAUCAUUACUCAAUGAUCGAAUGCGUGAUGAUGCUCUUGAUUUACUUCUUAAAAUGCUUGUCUAUGAUCCAGUAAGACGUAUAUCAGCCAAACAAUGUCUUAAUCAUUCUUAUUUUAAACAUUUUGAUUCACAAAAUUUUCCAAUACCGGCACCCAUUGUUGUACCUGUUGUCAAAGAGGGAACCAAGUGA